ACCGGAAAAACAAUAAACAUCAAAGAUUUGAACCGAACAAACCAAAAUAAAUAUUAAUUUAGAAUUAUAGCUAUAUUUUAGGAAAUUAAAAACAAAAACAUAAAACUAAUCUAAAACCGAAUCGAUAUUCAAAUUAAACAAAUUUAAUGUUUCUUUAUUAAAAAAUAAUAAAAAUAAUAAUCACAUUCCGCAUAAGGUGUGCGGAUUAUUACCUAGUUGGACUACUAAAAGAUCAAACGAAUCUGUGCGAACAUUAAAAAGUUUCUCCAAACACGUAUGCUGUGUUUUUUUCCAACAAUGAUCGAAUUUUCCAUUUUAACGACUGGUUGCCUGUCGUCAUCUCAUAUGAUAGGCGGUGAUGUCAUAAAAGACGUCAUAUGUUAUGUGAAACCGGUAUUCACGUGGAGGAGCUUCAACGAGAUAGCUCCAUGACCAUCCAAGUGCAGAUUUUUCGAAUGAUUCCACCCGAAGGCACGUGAGGUACACGAACCUCUCUUGUUUCGUUUCUCCUUUUGGUCUUUCCCAUUAAUUUCCACUCUCCUUCCAAAGAGCUAAAAUAAAAUGUUAUAUAUGAUGAUGAUGAUGAUGCUAGAGGUUAAUUUAAAGGUAUAAGAUACAAACACAUCUGGAUUAAAACAACAUGAAGUCAUCAUCAUCAUGGACGUUUCUCACGACCACAAGCUUAGACCAGAGAAACCCAUCUCGAGUUUCGAAAAAAACACCGAAGCAAAUGAAGAAGACGGCUUCAAGGAACAAACCCAUCAAAGUGCGUUACAUAUCGAACCCCAUGAGAGUUAAAACUUGUGCCUCCAAGUUUAGAGAGCUCGUACAAGAGCUCACCGGCCAAGACGCCGUCGAUCUUGAGCUUGAGCCCGAGUUUUCCCCUUCUGCGGUAUCCGACGACAGCUCUUCUCCGCCGCCGCCGGAAAAUCUUGCGCCACGUGAUCUUCAUCAGGAGCCGUUCGAUGAUUGGGUGACUGGCAACUAUGAGCCGUUGGAUGGGGAAGAGAUGUUUGUGUCGCAGUUGUCGGGAGGUUUUUCUGGAUAUUUCUCGAAUGAGUUUUACACUGGGGAUGUGGAUGGCUUGGGAAAAAUCGAUCUAUGUGAAGAUAUUCUGAGUAUUUAGGGGGUUCAAGUAGAUAUCUAUACAAUUAUCAAAUGUCAUUAUGGUACAUAUGUUUAAACUGAUAUUCUCUGUAUACUAAUAAUGUAGUAUUACAACAUGUUUUCGUAGCCA